UGUUGUUUUUUUUUAGUUUUAAAAUGCCGAUCUUUAUUUACUUUUGGUUUAAAUAAUUUUAAAAUGUUUUUAUACAGAUCUAUCGCUUUAUUUUAUAUGAAACGUAAGCUAUAAAUAUCUCUUUUUUCUUAUAUUAAAAUUCCUAGCUAUUUUUAAAAUGGUAUCGGUAAGAAUAGUUGUAAUAGAUUAUUACAUGUCUCCUCCUAUUCCUGGUUUGGAUGUAACUUAUUCAGAAUUCCGAGGCUCUUCUGUAAGUCAGGUACCCAUUUUAAGGUGCUUUGGAUCCAAUGAAAUUGGACAGAAAAUUUGUUUACACAUACACGGAGUUUUUCCUUACUUAUAUAUUCCAUACGAUGGUGUAGGUAAUGUAGAUAGUCUUAUGUAUCAAUUAGCUUCAAGCAUUGAUAGGGCUGUGAAUGUGUCUUUGAAUCAAGCAAAUUCAUCUAUGCAAUAUGUAUAUAAAAUAAGUUUAGUCUCUGGCAUACCAAUGUAUGGAUAUCAUCAAAAGAAACAUCAGUUUUUUAAAAUAUAUUUGUAUAACCCAUCGUUAGUUUCAACAAUAAGUAAUCUGCUUAUAAACAGGAAUGUUUUGGAUAGAAUAUUUCAACCUCACGAAGCACAUAUUAAUUUCACUCUUCAGUUUAUGAUUGAUUAUAAUCUUCAUGGAAUGAGUAAAAUGAUAAUUUCUGAUAUUAAAUAUAGAGGGACUACUAGUGAAGAGCUUUACUCCGUUGAAAAUAUAGAAAAAAUAACUUUAUGUGAGUUGGAAGGAGAUAUUAAUGCUGGUCAUAUACUCAACCAACAAGAUAUUAUUAGUGGCAAAUUAGCAGCUAAUCCUGGUAUCGCAGCCCUAUGGGAAGACGAAAAACAAAGAUUGAGAAAUAAAAAUCAAAGCUCUCAAUUGGGUGAAUUUUUGGAACUAAAAAACAUGAAAUUCACUCCAACAAAAAGUCACCUUAUUUUCAAACAAGCCCUUUUAGAAAGAUUAGCAAUUUCAUCCACAGACAAUGAAACUGCUCAGGCAGAUUUAGACAUGUCAGUAUAUCCUGCUGAGACUCCAGCAAGUGUUUCUUUACAAAAUGCUUCGAUUGUUGAUCUUCACACACCAUCUUCAUUAGAGCUAUCUUUGGAUGAUACCUUUUGUCAGUCACAGAGUAUUUUGGACACUACUCUUAAGCCUGAAAAUGCAACAAUAGAUGAAGAUGCUCAAAAGUUUUUAUUGUUACUAGAAGAGUUAGCAGAAGAGAAGGAAAAUAAAAAAGAACUGGAAGAAGACAGCAUCUUGUCACAAACUAUUAAAGAUGCUGACCAGUCAGAUGAAUCUAACGAGGACAUUUUAGAUUUGAGUAUGCCUUUAGGCUCAAUGACUACACCACAAAAAAUAGUUGUUAGUGCAAACGCUAAUAGUGGACAUACUGAUGAUAUUGAAGAUAUUUUUAAUACAACAUUAAUCCCACAAAUUGAUGGACAAUAUGAUCUAUCGGAUAAUGAGUUUUAUCAGUAUUCAGGUGUAAUGACUAGAUCAAGAUGUAAGAAAAUAGAAAACCUCAAAUCACAAUUACCAAAACAGAAUCCAAAAAAUGUAUGUGCAAAAAGAUCAAUGCCUUUACUGGAUGAUAUUUUUGAAAAUCCAAUAGAAUUAGUACCGAAUUUUUUACCAAAAGCUAAAAAAAAUUCUGAGCACAAUAUUUCUUAUCAAAAAGAACUUGUGAAUAUUGAACAUUUAGAUAAAACAAAAAGUUUAACAGCGUCACCUUCUGCCAAAAUCAGGAAAAAAAGGAACACAACAGAUAGUAUUGAAAAAACUUUGAAACUUAUUUCAUUCAGGGUUAAUAAAAUGUAUGCUCGAAGAAAACUAAACAGUGUUAUAAAAAUUAUUUCUAAAAAGGAGAAGUUGUUUCAUUCAAGUUAUAAAAAACCAAAAUUUAUAGUUAAACCAUCUGCAAAACGGUUUUUGGAUAAAAUAUCUAGUUAUAAAGAAUCUGAAACUUGUUUGAAUGACUCUUGCAAAAACAAUACAUAUGCAUCUAUUGAGAAAUGUCAGAAUGUCUACAUAAAUUGUGAUGGUGCUGCUGAUGAUUCCUCUUCAGAUGACGAACCAUUAUUAAAUAAGAAAAAAAGAAUCAAAAAGAAUAAAAGUUCUACAGGAUAUGCCCCUUUAAAAAUAUCGGCAAAGAAGUCUCCAAGAACUGCAGAAAAAUCAUUACCUUUAGCAAAGCAGCUGGACACGAUAAACGAAGAAUACAUAAAUUUUCAGCAAACUACAAAUCCAACUGAUAAAAAAUACAAUUCGCCUGCCAGUAGUUUUAAGCGAAAAAUAAGUUUUGAUUCAGAAUUUCCUUCAAAUACCACUAUUGUAGAAGAACAUUUGUCUUGUGCAUAUUCUCCUAAACAUAAAACAAGCGACAAAUUGACAGUUACUAGUGCUUUGGAGAAAGUAGAAAUUAAAGAGUAUGCUGAAGAUUCAUCAAGGUCAUCUGAUACGACUACUAGUAUUAAUCACGGACAUAGUGAUUCCGAUAUGUUUUCGGAAAAUGAAGAUUUAAAUUCGUCGUUUUUUGAAAAGCACAAGUUUAAUAUGUCAGUAGCCGAAAAAUAUGAUAGAGACACUCAUUAUGUAGCUAAGGAAGGAUGUUCUACUAUUUUUACUCCUUCAAGUUUUGAGGAGUUAGUUGAAAAUCGUAAGAUUGAUAAAGAAUCAUUUUCUGGUAAUUUAAUGAACAUAUCUAGCAAGGAAAAUAAUUCUCAGAAUUGUCAAGAUCCAAUAUCUGGUGAAAGCUUAGAAAUCAAAUUAUCUUCUGAAGAUCUAUCUCAAAAAGUAAAAACACAAUUAGACGUAAACCAUGAGCGAGUUGUUGUUAGGUCAUAUCAAUCCAAUAGAUGUGAAAUACAAAAUCAGAAAAUAGAAGAAUGUCAUUCCGGCUCCCAGAAAAGCUUGGAGAGCAAGAGUGAUAAUAUAUCAUCGCUUGAGUCUUAUUCAAGUACAGAAGUCAAAUCUUACCAACCCAUUAAUGAUUGUAAAAGAGAAACUGAUAAUAACCAUGAAAUUAUAUCACCUAAUGAUGCAUAUUCUAGUAAUGAAAUUCCAUCUUAUCAAGUGAUUAAUACAACUGAAAUUUAUAAAAAAGCAUUAGGUCAAUUGUCACAGACUAGUUCAAUAAAAUCUGAAGGAAGUGGUUCACUAAAAACCGAAAAGAAUUUGGAAGAUUUUAGCCGAAAUAAACCUGUUCUUUUAACCCCAGCUUUCAAACCACCAAAAAGAUCUGAAACUGCUGAAUACCUAUCCAAAAACAAGAUUUCCCUUGUAAAACUUCAAGAACCCUUUUACAGCAACGUAAAUGAUUACACAGGAGUUGUAGAAAUUGGGCAAAGAAUUCUUAAAAUUUCCAGCAAAGCUAGUAUUCAUCUGCAAGAAUUUAACUCAAAAAACGACAGUCUAAACAAAUAUAGAAACAAAUUUGUUAGAGAGAAUAAUUUAGUUUUAAACGCAAAUAAUUUGGUAAACAUUAAACUGAGCCAUUGUAAAAAUCGACCUAUUGUAAUGCAGCCUUUAAAGAAACCUCCUUCAGUGAGGGAAGUUACUGAAUGGUGUAGAGAUCAGUUAGAAUUAGAAAAAGAUGAUACUCCAGAAUUAAAUGAGGAAUUAUCGUUUGAACAAGCCAAGAUACUCAUUCCAAAUAGUCCAGGAAAUGAGGAAAACGAAUCAGAUUUAUCGCUGAGUUUAUCACCUUGUACACCUUUAUCGGAAGAUUCCAAGAUCAGCCCUGUUAAAGAGAACAAACAAAGUGUAGAACAUACUAUAGAUCACAGAAAAAAGAAAUGUAGACGAAAAGAACAGAACCGUUCUUGUGAAAUCAGUGGCGUCACUCAAAGCAACAGCUUCGGAUUUGACAAUUCGGUCAGAGACCUACAAGCUGCCAGGGCUGUGAUAGAACACCAAUAUUUAACUACGAUGGUUAUGGAGCUACAUACACGUACACGAGGCGAUUUCAAGCCCGACCCUGAGUAUGAUCCUAUAUGCGCUAUAUGUUACUCAGUAUUAAACGACGUGCCUGAGACUCAUCCAAAGAAAUCCAGAGCUAAAGGUGUCAUAGCUUUAAAUCGGUUACCCAUCAGCUGGAAUGAGCCCAACAAUCAUCUUUUGGAUGGUGUUAGGGAAGACUGUGAUAUUGAUUACGCUGACAGUGAGGAAAUGCUUAUAAGUAUGUUUUUAGAUAAAAUAAAGUAUUGGGAUCCAGAUAUUUUGGCUGGAUACGAAAUUCAGAUGCUUUCCUGGGGAUACUUGGUUGACAGAGGGUUUUCACUGUCACUAAACCUUAUACCAUUACUUGGAAGAACUAAAAUCAACAGAUUCGGUAAAAAUACACUAAAACCUUCACAUUUUGAUCUAGAAACCGAUAUUAUUGGUAGAAUAGUUCUAGACGCUUGGAGAUUAAUGAGACACGAAAUUGCUCUUCAAAGUUAUACAUUUGAAUCAAUCGUAUACCAUAUACUUCACAAAAGAGUGCCUUCUUACUCGUUUAGAUCUUUGACAUUUUGGUGGGACCACAGAACAAAUCUUUUCAGACAUAGAGUGGUUAGUUAUUAUCUAUUACGAGUCGACACGGUCUUGGAGAUAUUUCAAAAGCUAGACUUCAUAAACCGAACGUCCGAGUUAGCUAAACUUUUCGGUAUUAUGUUCUACGAAGUUCUGUCUAGAGGUUCUCAAUUCAGAGUCGAAUCUAUGAUGUUACGUCUGGCCAAACCACUUAACUAUGUUCCAGUGUCACCUAAUGUCAAACAACGCGCUCAUAUGAAGGCUCCUGAAUUUAUACCUUUGGUUAUGGAGCCAGAAUCUAAGCUGUACAACGACCCUGUUAUAGUUUUAGACUUUCAGAGCUUAUAUCCGUCCAUUAUCAUAGGUUAUAAUUAUUGUUUUACCACUUGUUUGGGUCGAGUACGUCAUUUAGGAACGAACGUACCUUUCGAGUUUGGAUCAACCCAACUCAAAAUACCUCGAAAACUAACAGAAAAACUUUCUAAAAGAGAUCUAUUAAAUUUUGCACCCUGUGGAGUGGCUUUCGUGAAGCAAAAAGUUAGAGAGGGUAUACUACCAAGGAUGUUAAAAGAGAUCUUGGAUACGAGACUCAUGGUGAAAAAUUCGAUGAAGCAAAACAAAGGGGAUGAAACUCUGCAGAAAGUGUUGCAUAGUCGUCAGCUCGGUUUGAAGUUGAUAGCUAACGUGACUUUUGGUUAUACAGCGGCCAGUUUUAGUGGGAGAAUGAGCUGUGUGGAGAUAAUGGAUAGCAUAGUUAGUAAAGCUAGGGAAACUUUGCAGAGGGCAAUUGCGAUGGUAGAAGAAAACACAGAAUGGGAUGGAAGGGUCGUUUAUGGUGAUACAGAUUCGUUAUUCGUCAUGACAAAAGGAAAAACCAAAGAAGAAGCGUUUGAAAUAGGCAAACAAAUAGCCGAGGCCAUUACAAACGACAACCCCGACCCUAUUAAACUAAAACUGGAAAAAGUCUACCAACCCUGUAUACUACAAACAAAAAAGCGGUACGUCGGAUACAUGUACGAGUCUCCCGAUCAAAAAGAACCGGUAUACGAAGCCAAGGGUAUUGAGACUGUUAGAAGGGACGGUUGUCCGGCAGUUUCAAAAAUGUUACAAAAAUGUCUGAUCCUCUUAUUCGACACCAAGGACGUGAGUAGUAUCAAGCAAUACGUUCUAAAGCAGUUCAAUAAAAUAAUAGCUGGUAGAGCAAGUAUUCAGGAUCUUACAUUUGCUAAAGAAUACAGGGGAGCUAGUGGAUACAAGCCAGGGGCUUGUGUUCCAGCACUUGAAUUAGCAAAAAAAUGGCGUGCGAUUGACAGGAGAAGCGAACCAAGAAGCGCCGAAAGAGUACCCUAUGUUAUCAUUAAUGGGCCACCAGGAUUGCCGCUUAUUCGACUUGUCAGAAGUCCUAUGGAUGUAUUAAACGACAACUCGCUUAGGCUUAACUCCCUCUAUUACAUAACCAAAGUCAUUAUUCCACCCCUUAAUCGGUGUUUGAAUCUGAUAGGAGCCGAUGUUAUGACUUGGUUUAACCAAAUGCCUCGAAAAAAUAUUCAGUACCUACCCAGUUCUUCCCCUACGACCAAAAGUACGAUUUCUCAGUAUUUUACCUCAAAAAUUUGUGCUAGCUGUUCCCAACCUGCUCAGGAGGGGCUUUGUGUUAAAUGCUUACAAAAACCAAACGUUACUGCCUUAACUCUAGCAGAAAAAUUAAGAAAUUGGGAGAAAAAUUACUUUGAUACUAAAGUGAUAUGUCAUUGCUGUACUGGUCAUUUAGAGGACAUCAAAUGUAUAUCCUUAGAUUGUCCCGUGUUAUAUCGCAGGAUUCAAACUUAUAACGAUCUGCAACAGUCAAAAUACGUACGAGAUAUCUUUGAUUCUACAUUUUCUGAGAAUAACUUUAUGUUUUCUUUAGAGUAAAUAAGUAAUUAUAAUUUAAUUUGAAACAUAUUUUAAAAACUGUUGUAUUUAUUUAUUUAUAUUCUCUAGAAUUAUGAAAGAAACAUAUUGAUAUAGGUUUUGUAAAUAAAAAAAUUAAAUUCAUAUGUCUUGGCAUGUGUUUAUGUAUUUUGUAUAUAAAUUUGUUAAUUUUAUAAAAAAAAGUAUUUUACUUUUAUUUUUAUACUUAAAAAAAGUAUACUGUAUUGUU